CCCGGAUCCCUUGUCACGUUUCGGCGCCAUGGCGCACUUCCGCCGGAUCAGCUGGACCAUACUGGGACUGCUUCUGGCGAGGUCUGUGAGCCUUCUCUUUGUGGGUGGCAACGUCAGUGGCCGACUGCGGCGCACGGCACCUCAGGCGGUCAGCGAGGAUGACAUGAAGGUCCUCCGUGAUCGCAUUGACGAGCUGAAGAAACAUCCGCUGCUGCCCAUCAUCAUGGUGGACUCCAUGCUCCCGGGGCAGCGCUUGGUGUUUUCAGCGUCCAAUCCGGAGUUGGAGGACUUAGCUGAAGAAGGCCUUGUCGGCGUCAUAGGUCCCCAACGAUCUGGCGGUUCCUUGGUGGGUGUCAGUGCCAAGCUGAGCAAGCUGAGUGGAAGUCGAAGCGGUGAAUGGGAGCUGAAAGCCGAACACGUCUUCAAAGUGGUCAGUGAAGCCCAGCGAGAAGGGACCAUCACUCGAGCCAAGGUGGAAUUCCUACACGAGGAAGUCAAAGAGGAGGAUGUCCUGUUGGCCGAAGCUUUGGUACCACUCAUCGAAGAAUGGACCAACACUUUGGUGGAGAACCAGGCCGAAAGAUAUGAAGGCCAGUUGCAAGACAUACUGAAGGACUUGGGGCAGAUGCCGCCACCCACCAUGGCCGACAAGUUGGCGAUGUGGGCCGCGGCGCUGGUGAACCCUUUGCCAGCACUAGGUGUUGCCCUGGAAAUACGCCCAGCGGUAUUGCAGGCUGAUAGCCUUCAGGAGCGAAUCUUGAUUGUGCGCCGCGGCAUUCGCGGCAGCAUCGAACAUGUGAGCGGCCGAAAACGCCUCUUUGAUGCGGAAAACAACACAGAAAUGGCCAUGUUGUGGAUGAGUGAACUACAUCCAGACCAUUUGCCAAGGGCCAUCACGGUCUUGUCCCACCUGACCAUCUUCCCCCGAGUGGCCCGCAGCCCGACCUGGCGUGUGACGUUGAGCGUGGCAGCUGUUCUGCUGCUAUGGCGUCAGCUGGGUGUCUCAGGGGCCUUGGCUUCGCGAAGAGCUUUGCAGGCCUGUGGCGAGCGUAGCCAUCGGCAGGUUGCUGGAGCUUUAGAACAGCGGUGUCGAGCUGAGAAAGAGCUUUUAUACCCAACUCCAAGGUUGGAUGAUCUGCUUUUGGGCCAGGAAGCGCGUGCAGCGAGCAUGCAGCAAGGCGCCUUUGCGAGUUCCGGCUCCAAGAAGGAUGAGGAUAAGAAGAAAAAGAAGGCAGACAGCAAGAGAAAGUCCGUCUCUAAGCGGGACAUGAAUGCCUUCCACAGCCGAAAUGAUGAGGAAGUGAAGCAAAUUGUGGAGCAUUGGAGCCAGUAUGCACAUCCUCGUGCCAAAGAGUUCUUCACCACCUCUGCGCAAUUAGAGGAAGUGUUGAUGCAACUGGCGAAAGGAACUGAUAAGAGCGAUGACCCCAUCACUGGCCCUGAUGAGAAGUGCGUCUAUUGGUAUGGGGAUGUCACAAAAGAUGACUUGCAGGCUGCCAUUCGGAUGGUCAAGCCAGGCGAGCAGGCGGAAUCCGUGACUUAUGUGAAUCGCGUUUUGGCCUUCAUUUUUGCCACUGACGACUCCUUUGAGAAACUCAUGGCAUUGCCAAAGGAGCCCUUCAAGAUGAGCUGCGGCGAUCAACUGUGUGUUCAUCUGGCGCAUAUCUCCCUGGCCACCGCUUAA